AUAUAUAAGGAAAAGAAAUAAGCUCAUAAAUCUGAAUUGAAAAAACUAGGGUUUUUGAUAGAAGCAUCAGGCGUGCAAUGGCGGGGAGUGAGGAGGAGAGUAGAAUAAUUCGUGAAAUGGAGUCACUGAAUGAGUCGAAACGCAAGAUUGACGAUGAAAUUAGGGUUCUACAAGCUCGCCUUCUCCAAAUUCGUCAGAACAACCAUUCCAGCAAAACCUACGGAAACAACUUACCUGCUCACCAUAUUUACCGAUACAGUCGCCACCUCUUGCUUCCUUCCUUUGGCGUUGAAGGACAGGCAAAUUUGUUGAAUUCUUCUGUGUUGGUGGUUGGUGCUGGAGGUUUAGGCUCCCCUGCUCUUUUAUAUCUCGCUGCCUGCGGUCUUGGUCGGUUAGGAAUUGUGGACCAUGACGUUGUAGAGCUUAACAAUCUGCACCGGCAGAUUAUUCAUAGUGAAGCAUAUAUUGGCAGACCAAAGGUGGAAUCAGCAGCUGCUGCUUGCCGCUCGAUCAACUCAACUACUCAGAUUGUGGAGUAUAAAGAAGCUCUGCGAGCUACAAAUGCAUUGGAAAUAAUGAGCAAAUAUGAUGUCAUAUUAGAUGCUACAGACAACGCUCCAAGUCGUUACAUGAUCAGUGAUUGCUGUGUUGUGUUGGGAAAACCUCUUGUAUCAGGUGCUGCAGUUGGACUGGAAGGGCAGCUCACAGUGUACAAUUACAACGGAGGUCCAUGUUAUCGAUGCUUAUUUCCAACACCGCCACCUACUACAGCAUGUCAAAGAUGCUCCGAUAGCGGAGUUCUUGGUGUUGUUCCCGGGAUAAUUGGAUGUCUCCAAGCUCUGGAGGCUGUGAAAAUUUCAGCUAAAGUUGGGGACCCGCUGUCAGGAAGAAUGCUUCUACUGGAUGCAAUGUCAGCUCGAAUUCGUAUUGUCAAGAUCAGAGGGAGGUCACCGCAAUGUGAAGCUUGUGGUGACACUUCACCGUUAACCAGACAGCAAUUUCAAAAAUUUGACUAUGAGAGUUUUACUCAAUCUCCUCUGUCCACGACUCCACUGAAGUUGAAGUUGCUUCCUGGUGAUGCUAGAAUAAGCAGCACGGAGUUUAAUAAAAAAAUUAAGGAUGCAGAGCCAUAUGUAUUGGUGGAUGUGCGGCCAUCUCACCACUAUAAGAUUGUUUCUCUUCCGAGAUCAUUAAACAUUCCACUCUCAUCACUAGAGGAUAGAUUGCCUGAGAUAUCUUCGGCUUUAAAGAAAGAGCAAGAGUGCCGAGGACUAGAAUCUGGACGAGGAACUGCUCUAUAUGUGGUCUGUAGAAGAGGAAAUGACUCCCAGAGAGCUGUAGAGUAUCUCCACAAGAUGGGCUUCAGUACAGCAAAGGAUAUUAUUGGGGGUUUAGAGUCAUGGACAUUUGAUAUAGAUCCUAAUUUUCCUACUUACUAGUUAGGCGUCCCAUGACUGUAAGAAUAUUAUAUUUCUUUCCCUCGUUUUCAUAUUGUUAACAUUUGUGUUAUUAUUACUGCAGCUAUUGAUCUGUGUGUGGUGUCUGAACACGUCAAAUCAGUUUGGGAAGUUUGGGCAUCCAAGCAAAAACCCUUUUAUAUCAAAGAUCAUGAAUUGUUGUACUUUA